AUGGGCGUUACUUGGGUAAUGCACUGGAAAAAUGCAAGUGGACCCAAUUCCUUGGCCGUCCUUACAGAUAAACUGACAGAUUUUGGGAGCGUCGUCUCACCGAAAGAAUCAUACGUACUCCAGUGUAAAAUGUAUCGUAACAAUCGAUCCGUUACUCCCGCUCAAUCGCAACAGCAAUUAAGAUUCAUGUACACAAUUGGCACGCGACACGGGCAACAGUUGUUUUAUACGCUAGUUGACGAUGUCGUGGUGGAAUCUGAACGUGAGACUGAGUUGAUUAUGGCAAAAUUGAGGAAUUUAUGGGAGGCGAGACAAAAUGCGACUAUUGAGAGUCAUAUUUUUUCGGUUGGAGAUUUUGUGGUUCGUCUUGGCAAUAUGAAUGUCAAUUCUCUGUACAAAGGAAUUAUGAUUGAGAUUGAGUAUCGCCCAUUAUCACAUCCAUAUACCGCGACUCCAAUUCUUCAAGAAUUCAAAGAUAUGCUAUUGCCCGCCGAUGCACAGAUAGCACAAUGGAUUCCUAGGGCCACAUCAGAUGACGACACUUUUGCCAAAGUUGGACUGUCCGAAGAAGUAUACACCACAUCACAUACAAUGUAUCAGUAUAUGCAAUUAUUAAAGAUUGAAAACUUAAUGUGA